UGUCUCAUUUACUGUCUACCUUUUCUUUUUCUCUCUCCCUUUCAACAGCCAAUUGUUUUGCGAGAAUUGCGAUUAUUAGAGAAAAUUUUCUCUUAUUUCUGAUGUUCAAUCAACAAGUAACUAUUUAAACCUUGUGAGUUGAUUAAACAACUACAUUUACAUUGUACUAUUAAAACCCAAGUUUUACUGUUAAUCUCCAAUUAACCAGUGUUUAUUCCAACAGUUGUGUUUCCAGUUAAUCAUGUCUGAUACUCGGGAUCCUGCCAGUGAUCAAUUGGCCAAUUACAAACAACUUUCGCAGCCUAAGCCUCAUGUAUUGACAAAUCUUGAGGGAUGUCCUGUUGGUGAUAAAUUCAAUUCAAUGACUGUCGGUCCUAGAGGUCCGAUUGUCCUUCAAGACAUUAAACUGAUUGAAGAACUGGCUUCUUUUGAUCGUGAGCGUAUUCCAGAGCGUGUUGUUCAUGCUAAAGGUGCUGGUGCUUUUGGUUAUUUUGAAGUAACUUCAGACGAGAUAAAAAAAUAUUGCAGAGCUGCAAUUUUCAAAGAUGUUGGUAAGCAAACCCAGCUAGUUGUACGUUUUUCAACUGUUGGUGGGGAAUCUGGUUCAGCAGAUACAGCUCGUGAUCCCAGAGGCUUUGCUAUUAAAUUUUACACUGAAGAAGGAAAUUGGGAUCUUGUUGGAAACAACACUCCAAUCUUCUUCAUUCGUGAUCCAAUACAUUUCCCCUCUUUCAUCCAUACCCAGAAAAGGAAUCCUCAAACUCAUUUGAAAGAUGCUGAUAUGUUCUGGGACUUCUUGAGCCAAAGACCAGAAUCUAUGCAUCAAGUUAGUUUCUUGUUUUCUGAUCGAGGAACUCCUGAUGGUUAUCGUCAUAUGAAUGGCUAUGGAUCACACACAUUCAAGUUGGUUAAUGCUGAGGGUGAAGCUGUUUGGGCCAAGUUUCACCUCAAACCCACUCAGGGAAUUAAAAAUCUAGACGCUAAACGAGCAGAUAAAUUAGCUGGCAAAGACCCAGACUAUUCUAUUCGAGAUUUGUAUAAUGCAAUCUCAUCUGGCGAUUUCCCUUCAUGGAUAUUUUAUGUUCAAAUUAUGACCUUUGAACAAGCUAAAAACUUUAAAUUCAACCCAUUCGAUCUAACUAAGGUUUGGUCUCACAAAGAGUUUCCCUUGAUUGAGGUUGGUAAAGUUGUUCUCAACAAAAAUCCUAACAAUUAUUUUGCUGAAGUGGAACAAUCAGCUUUCUCGCCAGCUAAUUUGGUUCCAGGAAUUGAACCUUCUCCUGAUAAAAUGCUCCAAGCAAGAUUAUUCUCUUACCCUGAUACCCAUCGUCAUAGACUUGGAGCCAAUUAUCACAUGAUUCCGGUCAACAAAGCUCGAUGUCCCGUUUAUGCUUUGAGCCAUCGGGACGGUCCAAUGUGUGUUGAUGGUAAUCUUGGUGGAAUGCCAAAUUACCUUCCCAACUCGUUUGUUAACAUCAAAGCAAACCCAGUUUAUAAGGAGUGUCCAUACUCAGCUGAGCAUUUCAUUGGUGAUAUGGAUCGAUAUGAAUCGGGAAAUGAUGACAAUGUUACCCAAGUUCGUGAAUUUUGGCGAAAUGUGCUCAAUGAGGAUGAAAAAAAUCGAUUAGCAUCAAAUAUGGGAGGUCACCUUAAAGAUGCACAACAAUUUAUUCAAUUGCGAGUCAUCGAUUUAUUGAAAUCUAUUGAUGAGGACUAUGCUUCACGAGUCCAAAAAGUUAUUGCAAGCUACAAUAAGAGUCACCUUUAAUUCCUGGAUUGCAUGCAAAUUUUUACUUGGACUUAAGUUAAUUGGGCAAGUCGACUCUGGUUUUUGAUUGGGUAUUAAAUUAGGUGAUGUCAUCUCAAGAUGUUUCAAAAAGUGUUGUUUUAUCACUCAAAAAUCGAAUGGAAAAACGAUCUAAGAUUUAUUUGUAAUGUAAUAAAAUAUACAACAUAUAAUAGUUAAUAGAAUAAAGCAAGUAAAGCUGCAAAAUUGCUUUAACAAUAUAAUAUUCAAA